AUGCUGCUGCCGCCGCCGGUGCCGGUGCCGGUGCUGGCGAUGCGCGUCGCCCUGCUGCUGCCGCUGCUGCUGGGCCCCGGCGGGCAGGCGCGGGGCAAGGCGCCGCCCGGGGAGCCCCCCAGCCCGCAGGAGGUGGUGAUCAAAGUCCAGGUGUACGAGAAUGGUGAUUUGUCCCCGCUCCCUCAGGCAGCUGUGGAAGUGUAUGGGAACCAGACCUCACUGGCUUCAGGCGCAACAGACCACGAGGGUGUCAGCAUGCUGCCCAUCAGCUAUCGCCUGGGAACCUGGGUCCUCGUCACGGCCUCCAAGCGUGGCUUCGUCACAAACUCUGUUCCUUGGCGCGUCAGCAAGCUGCCACUCUACGCCUCUGUCAGCCUCUACCUGCUUCCGGAGCGGCCUGCGACACUCAUCCUGUAUGAUGACGUGAUGCAAAUCCUUCUCAGCUCUCCAGGAGCGAAGAGCCAGCCUUGGGCACAGUUCCCGCGCAAAUCUGCCCGCCUGCCCCGCAACUCGACCUACAGCCAGCUUUCGGCCUCUCUGACUGCUGCCAGCGGUGGGCCAGAUAUGAGGGGUUUCCCAUCCUUUAUUGGGAUGGAAAGCAACAGCAGUGCCAGCAGUCCCUGGCUAGAGCUGGUGCCCGUCGUUGCUGUUAGCAUCCACCUCUUCACUGGCAAUGGGACAGAAGUGCAGCUCUCAGGCCCCGUCCAGCUCUCUAUCCCUCUGCCGCCUGAUUCGGCCGCUGCAGCAUCUCCCAGCGUGCCAGCCUGGCGCUUUGAUCUCAAGAGUGGUUUGUGGGUUCGCAAUGGGACUGGUCUCAUCCGAAAGGAAGGGAACCAGCCUUACUGGACUUUCUCUUCUCCACAGCUGGGCUACUGGGCAGCAGCCGUGCUGUCCCCAGCAGCAGGGCUGGCAAGUGGAGCAGCAGGCAUGAAGGACCUUGUCACUUACCACACCCUCAUUCUGCUGACUGUCCUCGGUGCCCUGGCGUUGCUGGUUCUCAUUCUGCUCUGCCUGCUUAUUUACUACUGCAGGAGACUGUGUCUGAAGCCACGGCAGCAACAUCGAAAGCUUCAACUCUCUGGUGCACUGGAUGCCUCAAAGAAAGACCAGGCCACCUCCAUGUCCCAGAUCAACCUCAUCUGCACAAGUCACAUGGAAACGGCCUCAUCCAACGGGGACAUGGACGUUCACACACCUAUCCUCAAGUCGGCCUUCUCCUCCUCCCGUGAAUUCGAGAGCUCUCGCGAGGAGUUCUUCAAGCAAGUGUCCAGCCAGAAGGCUCGCCACACCAGCAAGACCUCUGCAGCCGACACACUAAGCCAGCGGGGAACCUCCAAGGAUGAUUACCCUCGAGUGACGGAGGGGUACUCGCUCAAGGCAGCCCGCUCCAUGGAUGUCCCCGGCCCACUUGAGCCCCCGCUCUUAGAGGACUACAAGCGCAGCUAUUCACACCAGCGCAUGGAGGACAAGAGCACCGAGACACAGCGCAAGCAAGGGCGCAGUGAUGGCAAGGCCUACCUGCAAGAGCCCCCCUCACCACCCCCUCUCCCGCCACCCUUUGACCACUAUAUGGGCCACAAAGGGGACCCCAAGCCCCCCGACUACAUGCUGUCCCAGUCUGUAGACCAUCUUGCUCGACCCACCUCCCUGAGUCAACCGGGGCAGUUGAUCUUCUGCGGUUCCAUUGACCACAUGAAGGACACCAUGUAUCGCAACGUCAUGCCGACCCUCGUCAUUCCUGCCCACUACAUGCGCUUGGCACCAUCAGAGCAGCCUCCAGGAAGUUCUGAGAACCAAUCAGACAUGGACCCGGCUGGCCUGGGCCUGCCUCACCAGUUUGGCCCCCAGGAGCAGCAGCGGCAGCAGCUCCUGCAACAGCAACUGCAGCACCCGCAGUUCCAGCUGCAGCAGCACUCGUCAGAAGAGGCGGAGGGGAAGGGUUGGGGCCCCCACACCCAGUCUGUCAGCGGCUCUGUCACCAUCCCCGUAUUGCUGAACGAGUCCACCAUGGCCCAGUUGAACGGGGAAUUGCAGGCCCUGACUGAGAAGAAACUGCUGGAGCUGGGGGUGAAGCCGCACCCGCGUGCCUGGUUUGUGUCCUUGGAUGGGCGUUCUUCACAGGUCCGCCACUCCUACAUCGACCUCCAGGGCAACGAGAGGAGCCGGAGCAACGAUGCUAGCCUUGACUCGGGCGUGGACGUCAACGAAGCCAAGCCACCCAAGCGCCUCAAGGAGGAGCGCCUGGGCUCCGCAAUGGCCCCCGCCUAUUCCAAGCUGGUCUUUGCUGAUGCCGACACCGAGCAGAGCAGCAGUGAGAGCCGCACCGCCAUCUGCUCUCCUGAGGACAACUCGUUGACCCCCCUGCUGGAUGAGAACACCGACCACCGUGCUGCUACUAUUCCCCGGCGUGGGCGCAGUCGCGGCAACAGCUCUCGCAGCAGUAACAGUAACAGCGAGCUGCGGCGUGACUCCAUGACCAGCCCCGAAGAUGACAGCAACGAACCCUCCGAAGGGACUGAUGACCAGGGAGACAAGAAGAGCCCGUGGCAGAAACGCGAGGAGCGGCCCCUCAUGGUCUUCAAUGUGAAGUAGCCAGCAGG